AUGGCGCGACAACACGCGACUCGGACGUGGGAGCGGAUGGCACGGCUGGAGCAGGCGGACGGGCAAGAGCGGCAGGUGGAGCUGGAAGCGGUGGUAGCAGCGCUGCCGAGCGGGCAGGCGGCAUUUGCAUAUGGGUCAGGCGCGUUCCGGCAGCGCGGCUAUGCAGCCGACGAGCAGCCGAUGCUGGACGUGGUGAUGGUGGUGGACGAUGCAGUGGCAUGGCAUGCCGAGGCGCUGGCCGAUCCGCAGCUGGCGAUGCACUACGGCGGCGUGCGCGCGCUGGGUCCGCGCGCACUGGCCGCCGUCCAACGCUGGGGCAUGGGUGUGUACUACAACCCGUACGUCGAGCUUGCUGGCCGCAAGGUCAAGUAUGGCGUCGUCGAAGCCGCUGCCCUUGUGGACGACCUCACCUCGUGGUCACACCUUUACCUUGCUGGUCGGCUGCACAAGCCCGUAGCAUGGAUCGGCGUCGAGCCGCUACCGAUCGAGCUCACUGCUGCAGUCGACGCCAAUGUCGACGCCGCGCUGCGUGCGAGCUGGAUCAUGCUCGGCGCUGCACCUGCGAGCGACUCGCUCCCCGCCACGCGGAUCUACGAGGCCAUUGCCUCGCUCUCGUACAUGGGCGAUCCGCGGUUUGCGGUCGGCGCCGAGACUCCCUCCAAGGUCCCCAAUAUUGUCGCCGGCAACCGCGACGGCUUUGACGCCCUCUACGGUCCACGCCUUGAUGCCUCGCCGCUGUUUGAGCGCUCAGCAGAUGGAGGCUGGGAACUGGCACCGCAGCGCGAGCUUCCGCGACUCCCGUCUGCAGUCGCCCGUGCACUGCCUUCUGGUUCAGCCGGUCUCACUCCCGGCGGCCUGGCCUCCCCCGCCACGGCCGCCACCCUCGCCUCGGCCAUCCGCGGAAUCGUUGGCGGGUCCGCCGCCAAGGUUCAGAUCGCCAAGGGUGUUGUCACCGCUGGCGUCUUUGGCUCGAUCCGGUAUGCGCUGGAGAAGCUGGCAAAAGGCGGCGGCGGUGAGUGCAAUGCCACGCUCGGUCGACUAUGCUCGCCUGGUUCAUCGGUUGCGCAUUUCGCCACAGUCUAG